AUGAGAUGUAAGUGUGGUAAAGAUGUUCGUUUGGAUAAGAAAUGGGAUCCUGAUUUGUUUGAAAGACAUAAUAAAGGCGGUGGCUGUAAAUAUAAUAAUGGUUUAUUAGGAAUUACCAAUUUUUUUAAAGAAAAUGAUAGUAAAACAAACAAAAGAAAAAUUUAUGAAGGGUUAACUGAUGAAGAAACAAGGAAUUAUCUUAAAUGUAUUGGUUUAAUAACAUCUUUUGGUGGUGCACCUCAUGUAGAAUUAGUUGCAAAAGAAACGUUUCCCAGAAAAUUUAACAAAAAAUUCACUUGGAAUUGUUUAAAUAAAUCAGAAAAAGAUAUUUUAAAUAAUGCUUUGCAUGAAAAAGCAUUGUGGAUAAAUGAUAGUAAUACAUUUUGUGUUAGAAGCAAUGAUUGUUCUAAAUAUAUUGAUAAUUGUUUAAAAAAAAUUACCUGCAAACCUUGUCUUGAUUUGAAAAAAAAUCAUGAAUUUCAAAUUUCUACAAGAAUCUCAGAAGGAAAGUCACUACAAAAUAUAAAAUAUCCUUCCCAAUUUACAAUUUUUUUAGCAAUAUUAUCAAGUACUAGUCCACAAGCAUAUCAUUUGUUUCAAGAAAAUCUUGCAGAAAGGUCAUUAAGAAAUCUCAGAACAAAUUCAGAUUUAUCAUUAAAUGAUCCCAGAAUAUGUCAUGAAAAUAUGCGCAAUUUUAAACAAUUUCUUGAUGAUGAUGAUAUUAGAAGUAUUUCAGAUAAUAUGGUUUUGGUUAAUAAUCAUUUUGUUGGAAAUAAUUUAUCAGAAGAUAUAUUAUUGAAGGAUAUAGAAAUAACCAAUAAUGAUGGAAGUGUUAAUUUUUCAGCUUUAAUAGAAUAUUUGUCACAAGCAGUUAGCAAUCUCAAUAGUAAUGACAAUCAACCAAAAUCACGUUUAAUAAGAUGGGGAAUUAGAAAGAGAUUAGACAAUAUAAAUCAAAUAACUCAAGAUAUUGGAUUGAACCAACUAAAUUUAAAUAGUUCUG